AUGUCUCACCAUCCGAGUCUCGAGGGUCCACAAUCCUUUCCCUUUACACCAAACCACUAUUCUCCAAAGCAGCACGCUGAUACCGCAGGGUCAUUUGUCCGACGGCGGCGCCAUGGAUCAGAAGGAGCCGCGCCAUCACAAACGCUACCAUUGAGCAAUCUGUCUAAUCUAUCACUCUGUCCUCUCAUUCAGCAGGCGUUUUCAGAGAGUGAGACAUAUACGAUCUUAUCGGAAAAAGAGUUCAGGGAACGAAAGUCAAAGAUCGCGGGACUCUCUGGUCGAAUAGACAACCUCCGUGCCCAACUUCUAUACCGAAAAGGCCUCAUAGAGUCAAUUGCCGCCGGUCAAAAAGACGUAGGGGAGGAGCUCAAUGAGUGGGAACAAAAAUACAACAAGGAAGUCUCGGAGCUGCCCAAUCUCGAGAGGAAUCUCUCUACUCUCAAACAGGAUAUCCUCAAACAUACGGCCGCUAUCCUCCGAAAGGGACAAAUAGAAAUUUCUUCGCCUUCAAUCGAUGAACUCAGCAUUAGGGACAGCCCUGGUGAUUUGUCCAUUAAUGCAAUUAAACGAAACGCUGCAAAGUCUGCGAAUCUGACUCUCUAUACACCAGACACAGAGCUGGCGCGGGGCGUUACGUGGACAUUGCCGACUCACGAGAGCAAUCGCAAUAUACUCAAGGAGAAUGAAAAACUGCGAAGUUACAUGAAUAGCCUUUUGAAAAUUCUUUACAGCCUCAAUAUUUCUCUGCAAGCUACAAACGUUCGGUUUAAUGCCGGGGUUCUCAAUCACCACGAGCUAGCUGGAGUCGCUGCGAGCCCGAAUAUUGAAAUUAUAGACUUAGUCCAGAGUCAGAUUGAGUACCUUCGUUGUAGUCUUUCUACUCUACAGAUUGAGGAAAGCGGUAUUCGCGAACACAUUAAAGCCAUAGACCUCCAGUUAAGAGAGCUUAUCACUUCUUCUGAUCAUACCGGCAUGGCCACGUCGACUACAUCUGAACCCGACGUCAGGGGUCUGUUGAUACUUCUUGAUGAUUCAGUUCAAUCCUUUAAUUUACGACUCGAGUCAUUGUGGCAACUUAUGAAACGGCGUCCCCGAAACUACGACAAUGGGUGCCAGCCUGGAUUCAAAGGAGAAGUUUUCCCAAAUUCUUACAGCCACAUGUCCGGCGUUGGAGUGCCUGUGGAUGAUAUGUCUCAGGACGACAUGUUUGAAAAUGUGUCUUUGAGUGACACAUCCGAGGUUAGCAUAUUUGAAGAUAAUAUCUCUGAGGGAGAUGCAUCUGAAGCUGUUAUAUCUAAUGAUAGUAUGCAUGGGGAUAAGAUAACCCCUCUUGCAGAGAUGGCGUCACGUCAUAGCCAUGGUGUUCAUAAGCUCGGAAGAAAGGCUAAGCAGGAUGAAGAUUUUACGACGCAUGAUGAGGGUCUACAUCCCAAUGAUGCAAUGGUUCGUGACGAAGGCAUGUCGGAAACAGUUCCUAGGCAUGAAGUUGAUAACCGGACCUGUUCGCUUGAUUCUCUCACCAAUGAGGCGGAAAAUAUACUUGUACAGGUAUUUGAGUUGGAAAAGCAGAUGCGAUGGCACGAGCGGCGCAGCAAAGAGAAGAAGAAAAUAAACGAACAGGUUCACGCCAAGCUGGUGGAGACACUGGAGGAACUUGACGGAACCGCCGGGGGUCUAAGUCUGGCCAAUGCUCGUAUUGAGCAGCUUACCACCGAGAUUACAGAGUACAAACAGAAGAUUCAAGGAGCACAGAAGAAUCUCACUACACUUAAUACCAAAAUUGAACCCUCGACCGAGGAUAAGAAAGCCACUGACGAGGCUCCUCGGAGCGUGGGAAAGCAACCAGUACCUUCGGAGGAGGCAUUUCGAAGCAAAGGGAAUGAGGUCGAGUUAUUGAGCAGGAAAAUCGCAGAGUUAAAGACAAAAGCUACCAUGGCCAAAGCCUCGCUGUGCAGUGGCUUGCCUGCAGGGGCAACAUAUACUGAGAGAUGUACAGAGGCUCUGGAGCUCAAGAACGAAGUCGAAAAUCUGAGGCCAGAACUAGAACGUAUGGCAGAAAUUUUGGGGGCUGUCACCGAAAUUAAUGUAUUUGACUAG